CUUGCGAUUUCUGUAUUURUAAAWWGCAAAAUGCCUGAACCUGUAAUMGAAAUWACGGAAGAAGAACAAAAAGACGAUGAGGAAGGAAUUUUGAAAGGAGAAGAUGAAGAAAACGAGGACGAAAAGAAAGUUUCWGACUCRAAGACAACAGCUGUUUACGAUGCCAUGAGAAAUGAGCCGACGUUAACGUAUUUGAUUGUAGAGAGCUAUGAAGGAGAGAAAGAUGAUAGGGGUUUCUUUGAAGGUAUAGGAACAGCGUACUUCAAAGGAGGCCAUGUGUAUACUGGUUCAUUUGUUAGUGGUAGAAUGGAUGGCACAGGAAAAUACAUAUGGGAAAAUGGCAUCAUGUACGAGGGUGACUUCAAACACAACAGAAUCGAGGGCAAAGGACGUUAUACUUGGCCUGAUGGAAGCACCUACGAAGGAGAGGUCCUAAAUAGUCUCAGACAUGGCCAGGGAACUUAUUCCUGUGGGUGUCUUCCAAGUGUUUAUGUUGGGGAAUGGAAACAAGGCAAGAGGCAUGGGCGAGGGGUACUAAAAUAUGACACAGAGGGGAGGUCACAAUAUGAUGGUCAUUGGCUGAAUAAUGCCAGACAUGGACACGGCAUACGUAGAUAUGCAUCUGGAAACAUCUACAAAGGUGAUUGGAAGAAUAAYCUCCGUCAUGGAGAGGGGGUCAUGCACUGGUGUGACCAGGAACAGGUCCAGAUGUAUGAAGGACAAUGGAACGGUGGUGUACAACAUGGAUAUGGUGAACACUCCUGGUACAUGAAAAGGAUUCAUGGAUCSCAGUAUCCAUUAAGAAACCAUUAUGCUGGAGAAUGGUGUAAUGGUCUGCGUGAAGGAUAUGGAACAUUCACCUAYGCUUCUGGUGCUAAGUACAUUGGCGAAUGGCUGAACAACAUGAAACAUGGAAAAGGAAAAUAUAUAUUUAAAAAUGGACAGGUUUUUGAAGGUGCUUUUGCUGAUGACCACAUGCUAGAAUUCCCAGAAUUCCAUCCAUCAGGUAUGACAACACCAGAUAUAGUCAGCGCUGGGAUCCCUGUGCGUGCACCCACUCCAAUGAGAUCAGCCACGCCCUUCUUUCAAAUGGAAUCAACAUCUAGUUCUCUUGGCAUUCACAACCCAUUCAGCAUCAGGAUUGAUCAUCUUCUUGACGAACUUGAAACGAACUUGGACGAACGCCARGARGAGAUYGAAAAUGUUACCUUCGUYAUCCUUAGACAUGUCAGCAAGCUUAAACAAAUCUACACAUUYUACAGYRGUCUYGGCCAACAAAUGUCUUCUGAUAAUACAUUUGCUUUGACGCGCUUACAGUUCUGGAGAUUCUUGAAGGACUGCCAGGUACACCAUCAUGGUAUAACYUUAGUUGAGAUGGAUCGAUUUGUGGAUCCAAGUGGACGAUCUACAGACAUUCAUGAGCCWCACUACAAAGUACUAUCCAGAGAUUUUGUUAAUGCUAUAAUUAUCAUAGCAUACAAUAUAUUCCGCCAUCAGUUUGACAACAAGGGAAUGAUAUUUGCGGAAUGCACCUCAAAGCUGAUAUCUAAUAACAUUCUUCCAAAUGCCUGUGAGUUACAAGGGAUGCUGUUUUCUGACCCCWCUAGAACAGAAGAAGCAAGCAAAUACCUCAAUAAAUCCUGGGAUAUUUUCCUUAGUCUUUGCAAUCCAGCUCCAAGUUCACCUCAYGAACCAACCUUCAAGACUAGAGAGUUUCUCCACAUGUUGAAUGACUUAAAGCUACUUAACGACAUUCUUACCCCAAAAGAUGUUAUUGGCAUUUUAUCCAAGGAUAACCCACACCUUGCCCAGUACGAUUUCUACAAUCUGGAACUGGAAAUGACAUUCCUGGAGUUUUUUGAAGGGUUGAUAGAUUGUGCUGGGGUGUAUGUUACUGAUACCAUGAUCAUGGAAGUCCAGCAUGGGAAGGUUAGUCCUGAGCAAUCCAUGAGAUCUAGAAGUGCCGAGUGUUUUACGUCAUUGACAUCGAAGCCUGAGGAACCUAUUGAAGCAGAUGKWGAAAAUACUGAAGGAACACAAACAGAAACACCAGCACACAAUUCCUCCCCCGACAGAUCUCGGCCAGCUGUAACAGAACCGUCAGAAUCUAAACCUGUUACUAGGGAAUCUCUCACCAAAACCAGAGAAAGUAACACAAAAGAAGGAUCAAUCAGGUCUCCAAAUCAACCUCAGGGAACACAAGAAGAAGCUAAGAGAGGAGCAUCACACCAUUCACUYGCAAAUACAUCCCAGCAAUCAAAUAUCAAAAUAAUGACUGCUGAAACAUCUGAGGGACAAGGUGCUGAAGGUCUAGGGGAUUCUCCAGCCCCUSCCUCAGGGGAUGACCAACAGAGUCCAAGCCCCGAGGUGGCACCRAGCCCCCAGCAAACUGAACAUGGCUUGUCRCAGUAUUGGGCCACMCAACUGACCAUCUUCUUUGAGAAGUUCUUCAGGGCUGCAGACAAAUUGGACAUGAUUAAGACAAUAACAUCAAAAAGUAAACUACAAAAAGAGAAAUAACUGUGGAGAAUUUGAUGGUGAAAUGGAUUAGUGAUGUUGGAAACUCAUUAUUUGAGCUUGUUCAAACUGUAUAGAUGUCCUUUUUUAAAAAAGAAAAUAUGAACGAGUUAUAUUAGUUCUAUUGUUUGCAUACUGCAAACUUUUCACUUUUCAGUGAAGUUGUGCAUCAUCAAGAAUUGUUGUAAAUAGGUUCAAACAUUUUGUCCAAAGUGUAGUUAAUCUUGCAUUUUGAUAAAUAAAUUUGUAAUAAAAAAAUUGUUUUACAAAGCAUUUCUUGGUAACUCAGCUAGAGGUAAUGGAUAAUGCAAUGCCACUGU